AUGAAGACUGCAACUAUCCUCAGUCUCGUCUUCGGACUGACACCGGCUUUUGCCGCGAUUUGCAACAACAAUUGUGGGCGACAAGUCGCUGGGGUAGCCAGAAAGGACCCCCCCUUCGCCUUGAGAUCAUCUCUGUGCGCCGAUCUUCUGACGACUUACACCACCAUCGUGCCUGGUACUGUAACGGUGACUGCUACGCCUGUUGUUGUCAACAACGUUCACGCCGCCCGUGCCGAGAUCCCUGCUCCGAUUAUCACCGGUACCAAGCCCGCCUAUGCUAGCUCCUGUCCAGACGUUACGGCAUACUGGUCUGCUUGUCACUGUUUCGAAGACAUCGCGGCCACUACCGUUACCGUUACGGGCCCAGCGCAGACCGUCAUCAUCACACCCACCCUCACUGUCCAACCGUCCUUUCCAACCUUGUCCUCAAGGACCUCAUCUUGGUCAAACUCGUCUUUUACGACAAACUCGUCCUUCUCAACAACAUCGCCUUCUUUCACCACCUCGGCCACUGCGACCUCGUCUGCUCUACCCACAUGCACAGAGGGUAUCGAGUUCGCAUUGUAUAACUAUGGCCUCGGCACCGAGCAGUGUUCUGAAGUCAGUAACAAAAGCCCUCGGGACGCCGACUUUAGAACCAUUCUUGAGGGUGUCAACCCCUGGGUCACCGGCACCACUUCCCAUAUGUGGUUUUCGCAAGAUGACGCCGGAAGGCCCCUUAGCGUGUAUGGAGUCGAAGGUCCACCAGGCAGCGGCUUGGCAUGCAGCGCACUUAUGCAUCGCGGGUAUAUUAAGCCAUCUUUGCUGGGCACUUACACUAUCUACAUCGACUACCCCGAUGAUUUCGCUCACGUCUGGGUUGGCGAAGUAGCGCUCUCUGGAUCCUUUUCGGCCGCUAACAGCCAGGCCUAUGGGCGGUGGCCCGAUUCUGGACCGUGGGUCGACUUUCGCUUAUCCUACAUUUUUGAGGUUACAGACACCUCGGCGUACAUCCCUUUCCGUGUGUUCUGGGCCGACCGGCACGGACCUGGCAGUCUCAGAGUUACAAUCCUGGACGCGACGGGAUCAGUAAUUCUCGGAGGGAAUUCUCAAAGCAGCCCCAACAUUGUCACUAGCUGUGAAGGGGUCGGGUCCCCUGCUCCUGCUUGGUUGGAUUGGCUGGAUGAAGUCGUUGGGGAGUAG